AAUAAAAACAUACAAAAUGGCUGUGCCAAGUUCUGUCCUUGCUGUAGGAUGGAUUCCUUUCACUGUUGUGCUGCUUCUUAUUCUUUUCUUUUCCUUCAUCUACAUCCGAUACUUCCAAAGCAAGUAUGACAGUGAACUCAGCUCCACUAUUGUGUCAAUCUUUGCCUUGGCGGUGGCACUUUUCACAUCAGCUUUGGUUCCAGUGGACAUUUUCCUAGUCUCUUUUAUGAAGAACAGAAAUGGAACAUUUAAGCCCUGGGCCAACAUCUCAGAGGAUAGAGAUUCAAUGGAGGACACCGUCCUGUAUGCAUAUUACUCUCUCUACAUCCUUGUGAUGGUCUUCAUGUUCUUUAUCCUGCCCUUUGUGUAUUUCUAUUAUGAGGAGAAAGAUGACGACCAGCCUCAAAAAGCUCGCUGUUGUUCGGCAUUUAAGUUCACCAUUGGUUUUGUGAUCUUUGCUGCUGUUCUGUUGAUUGUAGGUGCAUUUGCGCCAAUGAAGACAAAGAUACCAGAUGCAAACAGUACAUCCGAUUGGGACAGGAUUGCCUUUCUCUUCAAGGAGCUGGGAGAGAACAAUGGAGAGGAUGCAGUCUCCUUCGCCAUCAGCUGCCUGACACUAGUUGGAUUCUUAACUCUUAUUUUCUAUACAGCUUAUGGAAUGUCAGCCUGGCCAUUGGGACUAAUACUUGGCAACCGCAGUGCCAAAUCGGAGAGAUUAGAAGUGACAGACUCUAGGUCCCAGAACCAAAGUAGGCUACAGACACUCAAAGACAAGUAUUUUGGCGGGCGAAGGCGAAUGAGUGCCCAAGACCGUCGUGAAGUUGACCGCCUGGAGGAAGAGGAGGCUGUCAUGGGAAGGAGAGAGCGCCAUCUUGUGGCUGCAGAGAAAAGCUGCCUGAACAAAUGUUUUAUUCUAUGCCGUCCAUUCCAAGUUCUGUUUGGCAUCGUCUUCAUCUUGAUUGCUGCGCUGAUAUUUGUCUCUUUGUUGUUGACAAACAUUGACAAGGCCAUGCACUCUCUUGGACCCAAGCUUGGAUACGCUCUGCCAAAGAGAUCACUCCCCAAUCCCAUUGACAUCACACUGGUCUUUGCACAGCAAGUGUUUCCCCUCGAUUACAUCCUGAUGAUCGGAAUCAUCAUGUAUUUCUUCUUUUGUUCAAUGUCCGGGAUCCAGAAUAUGGGCGUCUGGUUUCUGUGGAUCCGGAUGUUCAAGAUCCGCGUGAGACGCACCGUGCCACAAGGCCUCCUCUUCAUGUGUAUGAUCAUGAUGUUCAUUACUCUGGCCAUCAAUAUCAUCAUUUACCAGAUUGCGCCACAGUAUUCUGUCUAUGGCAGCCAACACUACAUGCUGAAGCCAUGUGAUACCCUUGCACCACCAGAUGAGUGCAUUAUGACAAGGAUGACGAUGAUUCUCACGACGUAUUUCUACAAAGUCUGGUUCUUCGGAGCAUGUUACUACUGGGGAUCCUGGGCAUUCCUUGGGGUAUUCCUAAUUGGUAUCCCUGUCGGAUUGUGCAAGAAACGUUCUGCUAUUGAUGGCCAAGUGGAAGACGAUGAUAUUGACGACAGUGAUGAUGACCAACUUCUCAGAGCUUAAAUAUGAGAAACUUAAACAUUUCACAGCCGAACCACUUGAUCUAUGGACCUAAAAAACCCUCUUCCAGCUGGUUAUCCCUGCUCUAAAAGGCUGAGGGAAAGCUAAGUGAUUUCAAUUCUGAAGCAGGGGAGUGCUUUCCUAGUUUUUAGGUGACAGAUGCUGAAGUCACCAUGCAUGGACCGACACUCAAUGACUAGUCUAAAUUAACUUUGCAUCUUGCUGUAACACAUUGGCUAUGACUUGGUCAUCAUUGUCCCUAACUUUUGGUUGAUAAGCAAAAAUGUAGGAAAGAUACUAUAGUUGCCUGAUGUUGUAAAUAGUUUAAGUUUGGCAUUUAUCAUGAAGAAGAAGGCUGCAUGGACUUGAUAUUUUCCUGAUGCCAUAGCACUGGAGAUAAGGUUUGUUACCCUUGGUGUUCGUAAGAAUCUGUCCAGCGUAAUAGUUGUGUUAUAAAUUAACUUGCUUCUAUUUUUGUACAGAGUUAGAGUUUUGGACUUUUUAUUGUGAUCUGGAAUUGGAAAAGAGUAUGAUAUGAGAUAAGGAUGGUUAAUACAUUACAACAGUUGUCAUUGGGUCUGGUUAGGCCUCUUUUGUUGAAGGAACAUGAAGCAGUUUCAUACAUUUUCACAGCCCAGGAAAACACAGUUUUGUGGAAUAUUUCAAUGGGGGGGGAGGGGGGGAUACGGAUAAAUAUGCUUUAAAUGUAACCCUAUAUCGCAUCAAGUAUCUCUCUGCUUAUCAUGUUGUGCGAUCACCAACUGAAACUUUUGAAUUUCGACCUCCAGGCCAACUUCUGAAGUGUCGUAUUCUGAUGUGAAUAAUGAUUUUGGCACCCAGUUCUUAUUUAUUUGUUUUGUAAAUUUCUGUAAGUGUUUCUAUUACAAGUUUAAUGUAAGUGUUGUAAAAUAAAGUGUUGUG